AUGAGCACACAGGGACCCCCGGCAGACGCCAAGCAGGCCCAGGCCGCCGCUCUCCAGGAGAUUGAGGCAGCACAGAGACGCAAGCGCGCGCUCGACAUGAACCUCGCCAAUGUCGAAGCGACGAUUUGGGCCAACGAGGUGUCAUAUCUCGAGGACACGACAGCAAGCGGUGGUAACAUCAUCAAGGGCUUCGAGUCAUACCUCAAGCCGCCUACAUCUUCGCACUCGCACCACAAGCGUAAAGUCGAGGCGACCGAGGACGACCGGUUGUUCAGCGGGAGCAGCGUGUCGUUCCAUGAGUCGAUGCAGUCCCAUCAGUAA